UCCCUCGCCGUAACAACGCUCAUCUCAAACUCACUCGCUCACACAUACAAGCGCAGUUAAGAUUAGUUAAUCCAAGCUCUAGCUCGAUCGCGCGGUCGCCGGAGCUGAGGUAGACGAAGGAGUGCGACGAGCUAAGAUGGGUAGUGGAAGCGCGGCGAACGGCGGCGGAGGAGGGGCGGGGGCGGCGAGGGUGCCGAUGCCGGCGGCGAAGCCGUUCCUGGAGACGCUGGGGGGGAACAUGAAGGAGACAUUCCUGCCGGACGACCCGUUCAGGGUGGUGCGGCGGGAGCGCGGGUGCGGGCGGCGCGCGGCGGCGGCGCUCCGGUACGUGUUCCCGUUCAUGGAGUGGGCGCCGUCGUACACCCUCGGCACCCUCAAGUCCGACCUCAUCGCCGGCAUCACCAUUGCCAGCCUCGCCAUCCCCCAGGGCAUCAGCUACGCCAAGCUCGCCAACCUCCCUCCCGUCCUCGGCCUCUAUUCGAGCUUCGUGCCGCCGCUGGUGUACGCGAUGAUGGGGAGCUCGAGGGACCUGGCGGUGGGGACGGUGGCGGUGGCGUCGCUGCUGAUCGGGUCGAUGCUGAGCGAGGAGGUGUCGGCGGCGGAGGACCCGGCGCUGUACCUGCACGUCGCGCUCACCGCCACCUUCUUCGCCGGCGUGUUCCAGGCGCUGCUGGGGGUCUUGAGGCUGGGGUUCAUCGUGGACUUCCUGUCGCACGCCACCAUCGUCGGGUUCAUGGGCGGCGCCGCCACCGUGGUGUGCCUGCAGCAGCUCAAGGGCAUGUUCGGCCUCGACCACUUCACCACCGCCACCGACCUCGUCUCCGUCAUGAGCUCCGUCUUCUCCCAAACCCACCUCUGGCGAUGGGAGAGCGUCGUCAUGGGCUGCGGCUUCCUCUUCUUCCUCCUCAUCACCCGCUUCUUCAGCAAGAGGAGGCCAAGGUUCUUCUGGGUAUCUGCAGCUGCGCCAUUGGCGUCUGUCAUCAUCGGGAGCCUCCUGGUGUACCUCACACAUGCUGAAAACCAUGGCAUUCAAGUGAUUGGUUACCUGAAGAAGGGCCUGAACCCACCGUCUGCCACAAGCCUGAACUUCUCGUCGCCGUACAUGAUGCUGGCCCUGAAGACCGGGAUCAUCACUGGCGUCAUUGCCCUCGCUGAGGGGAUUGCCGUAGGAAGGAGCUUUGCAAUGUUCAAGAAUUACCACAUCGACGGAAACAAGGAGAUGAUCGCGUUUGGAACGAUGAACAUUGUGGGAUCACUCACCUCUUGCUACCUCACCACCGGUCCGUUCUCGAGGUCGGCCGUCAACUACAACGCCGGCUGCAAGACGGCGAUGUCGAACGUGAUCAUGUCGGUGGCGGUGAUGAUCACGCUGCUGUUCUUGACGCCGCUGUUCCACUACACGCCGCUGGUGGUGCUGUCGGCGAUCAUCAUGUCGGCGAUGCUGGGGCUGAUCGACUACCCGGCCGCCGUCCACCUGUGGCAGGUGGACAAGGUGGACUUCUGCGUCUGCCUCGGCGCCUACCUCGGCGUCGUCUUCGGCAGCGUCGAGAUCGGCCUCGUCGUCGCCGUCGGGAUCUCCAUCCUCCGCGUGCUGCUGUUCGUGGCGCGGCCGAGGACGACGGUGCUCGGGAACAUCCCCAACACGAUGAUCUACCGGCGGAUGGACCAGUACACCGCCGCGCAGAGGGUCCCCGGCGUGCUCGUGCUCCGCGUCGACUCGCCCAUCUACUUCACCAACGCCAGCUACCUGCGUGAGAGGAUCGCGCGGUGGAUCGACGACGAGGAGGACCAGUGCAAGGAGAAGGGCGAGAUGGGCAUUCAGUACGUCGUCCUCGACAUGGGUGCGGUCGGAAGCAUCGACACCAGCGGGACGAGCAUGCUGGAUGAACUCAGGAAGACCCUGGACAGGAGGGGCCUUCAGAUUGUGUUGGCGAACCCGGGGAGCGAGAUCAUGAAGAAGUUGGACAGCUCCAAGGUGCUUGAGGCGAUCGGCCAUGAGUGGAUCUUCCCCACGGUGGGCGAGGCGGUGGCGGAGUGCGACUUCGUGAUGCACUCGCAGAAGCCGGGAAUGGUCAUGGGCAGUGGAGCACCCCAUGAGAACCUGGUCUGAUUGGAGAAGAACUUACUGUAGUAUGGUUGAGUUUGAUCAACCUGAGGUUGUCAACAAGCAAAGCCGAGAUAAAUAUAAGCAUCUCGAGUAUUGUAGUACUAAGUUGUCAAGGAAGUUCAAAGGAAAAAAAAUCACCUUUUUUUUUGCAAGGCGAAAAUGAUGAGCCUCAGAGCCUGUACAGAUGCAUUGGAGCUACUUCUUUGAAGUAUUGACUCAAGAUCAUACCUUUUUUCCAAAUAUC